AUGGCGAACAUUAAAGGUCAGUCUGCCGUACCAUACGUCAUGCUUAGCUUCCAUGACCACGGGCAGCUGACAUUUCUCGUUCUACGACGCUCUUCGCACGCUCUUCGCACGCUCGCCUUUUUUUUUUCCUCUUCGCACCCGCAGUUGCUUCUUGGGUCUUUCUCGAUUUUUUGAUCGAUGACGUGUCCUUGGCGCCGUUCCCGUUUGCCAGAGUGAUUCGAUUUCGAUUCUUUACGUGUCGUUGUUCGAUGGGUACUUCCGUUCGUCCUUGA